AUGAUGAAACAAGGACGCUUUGUUGCAUUCGCAAGAUACAAACAACGGCGUAGUAAUGCCUUUAAACGCCAUGGAGAAUCAGAUGUAGCGUGUGACAGGGAAAGUUGUGAUCACAGUUUGCACUCCCAUGGUAUGUUUCCUCGUACCUGCAGAACAUCAUCUGCCACUCGAAGUGAAAUAUUUGGUGGAUAUAAUGCGUGUCAUGUUUCGGCGCCUGGUUCCAGGGAUAGAACUGUGCGGACAUUUGCCACGGUUACGACCAAUGAGUCUUCCGACGUAUCCCACGGCAAGUUUGAUGAAAAUAUUACUGCGGAAUCGGCGCCCCGACAACGAUCACUUGCAAAAAAGGACGUUGAAGCAAAUAUAGUAGUCAGGAAACCUAUUCCAAAGAACUUCAUUAGGGAAACUUUUUUACCUCAUCUAGAGCAUAAUGUUGCAUACAACGCUCACAAAUUUCCACCCGCCGUGGUUCUACAAAUAGGCAUCGCAUAUUCGAAAUUGCCUGCUUUCAUAAGGCAACGUGCUAUUGAAGAUUCUUUGGUACAGACUUUUAUAGAACGUAUGGUGGACUACAGUGCUUCAGAUUGCGUGCAACUCUUGAACACGAGUUUACAGUUGCAGGGGUUGCGUAAUUUAAAAGUAUACAAAGAAAUACUCAAGCGACUACAAGAUAAACAUGUCUUUGGAACUAUUACCGUGCUUAAUCGUUUGGGCCUCGUGCGCAACAUUUCAAGGAUUCUGCAGCGGGCUCAGGUGCUACAGGGCGAUUCGGAACCUCCUACGCUUGACGUGGAAAUGCUAGAUUUGCACAAAUAUCGCGUUUCGAUAUUGAAACCGUGGACAAUGAUUACCUCUGGUCUGCGCUCUACUGAUCUUAAGAAACUCUGUAGCGAUUUAGUGGACUUUGGGGGUGACUCGCUGUUACCGCAACUGGAGUUCGAACUACAAAGCUUUGAUUCUAACGAACUUACUGAUCUACUGGGUGUAUUCGCAGAGCGUGCGGAACGCGAUUCGGCAAAACUUGACUUUCCCAUAAUCGCAAUUCUGAUGCAAAGGAUUAUAGAACUGGAUGACAAAACGCCUCUUUCCAACAAACUGGCAAAUGUUUGUAGUUUGUGUCGUCUGGGAAUCGCUCACGACCGAUAUCUAUCCAUGGUGGCCAAUCAGUUGCACAAUCCUUUAAUGGUGAACAACAUCUUCCAUCGCCACUUGGCCAGAGCACUAUGGGCCUUUGCACGAUUCGGGAUGCUAGGAAGCGUGAUCGAGCCUUUGUUGCCGCACCUAGAGCGUAACGCGCUGCACUUCGAGCCCAGCAGUAUGGCACGGCUGAGUCAAAUAUACAGCGGCGAAUCUGCAACCAGUGAGAUACCGUCGUCCCAUCUAGAUGCAUUGCGUGACGUGGUGGUACGCAAUGCGUUGAGUAUGAUAACUAAGCUCGAUAAAUUCACGCCCAAAGAAUUGCUUUUCUUCUACACAGGCUUGUGCUAUAUGCAUCUGCUCCCAGAACCAGCGGAUUUCGCCUUAUUUGUAGCAUCCAAAGAUUCCGGGGUCUUGCGCUACGUGGAAUCGGUGCCGCAAGGCUUUGACAAUAUGUUGACCGCAAAAGGCAAAACGCGCACUCAUAUUGUGGAACACUUUUUACAUGCCGUGGAGGAAGUAGAGAAUGACUUCGACCUAUCAGAAAUCCAACGCAUUCUCUCUCUAACGCAAUCAAUGGAGCACGCACAAUUUGUUUUGCAGCACCUACCGGUUACUUGGUCUAAGAUCAUCGAAGAACAUAAGGGAACGGAAAUCUAA